AAAAUUAAUGGACUUAGGGAAUUGACAACAAUUCCAACAGUUGGUCUUUCAAAUAUUGCAUUAAAAAUUCGUGCAAAUUCGCGAAAAGGGAGAGGGGAUAACAAUUAUACUCAACGUCAACAAAUUUCAAAUACUCAUGAUU